CAUACAUACAUACAUACAUACAGUUCUGGCAGCAACUGGGGCCCGUCGUCUCAGCCUCUUCAAGAGCCCAAGUCCGUCUAAAAUCCAAUCCAGAAUCCAGCCGCUGAUUCCCGGUCCACAGAAAAAUCACGACAACUCCUUCUUUUCUCCAACUCCAACUAACCUCCCUAACACUACGGAGUACACUACACUAAACUACACUACACACUACGCAGUACACUACACUUAGUACUGCACUGCACUGCACUACGACUACACCACUGCACUAACACUACACUACGCUGCGUACGCAACGGAGUACACUACCUACACCACUACAGCCACUGCAACCGCUGCAACCUGCAACCUGCAACCUGCAACCUGCAACCUGCAACCUGCAACCUGCAACCACUAAACCAACUCCAACUCCACCGCUGCCUCUCUGCAUCUUCUUCCUUCAUUCCUUUGCUUCUGUUGUUAUUCUUCUUCGUCUUCUUCAUCGCAUCCAUCGCGCUGCAACUCUACCAGCGCCCAUUCACUCUUUUGUAGCCCCCUUCUCUUCUUCUUGUUUCUUCUUCUUCUUGUUCUCUCUUCUUCUCCCACGAGCCUGGUGCUCGACCCUUCUUGUCACCCCACCCACCACCCCUUGGCCCUCCCUCGUCUCUUCCCGCGACACCCUAUCCCGUCCACGGAAUAUCCAAACGGCCAAAAGUAUACGUUAAUCGUCAAUCGUCAUUUAUUGUCAUUUAUUGUCGUCUUUGUCCCCCUCCAACUCACCCUCCUCCCCUCCCUACGAACAAACUCCAUCGCCGAUCGCUUCUUCUCGAGACGCCCUGUUUUCGCUCCGUGAAUUUGAACUAGUACCCGUUUCGUGGCUGUCAUCCCUCUGGGAUUCCUCCCAUCAAUCAAACCUUGGAACCAACUCUGCUUCAUCGUACCGUUUAUUUUAAUACUACCUACCUAUCGCACAACCUCGUGCCGACAGACACAUCGCUGGGGAAAAAGAGUGAAAGGAGAGAGAGCAAGGAAUACAACUACAAUCACGGCCAAUUAGUUCCACCUCAAUAACGCAUCACGUCGUCCCUCGUCCUCGUGUGCAUUCCCGCUCCCCUCGAUCGAUACCCUGCCUCCCGGUUAUCUAUAUCCUGCUUGUCACCCAUAAUCCUCCUGGUCAAUCGAAUAAAUAUCCUUGUGUUGUGUGGAAGUCAUCAACGCGCUCACCUCCGUUCAACCAACACCCCCUCUCCCUCCCCAUCGUUCUCGGUCAGCGCAAAAAAUAUAAAUCCUUGAAUUCUUUGUGAUUGAACUUUUCACCAUACCACAACAAGCGUUUCCCGCGCUUGAAUGGUGACCUAUUCCGCGAACUACUCCCCUUCCUUUCAGAGAAGGUCUCCUGUUGCUGUCCACAAUCGGCGAUCCAACAUGGCUCGCAUGGAUCUUAAUAACAUUGUUGGCGAUCCAUUCGCCCUGAUAACUAUUUCCACGUCUAUGAUUGCAUGGCUAUUAUCUUUCGUGACGUGUGUCAUUUCAGAUAUCCAAGGUCUGUUCCCUAACUUCGCAUGGUGGGCUGUUGGCUAUAUGCUAUGUGCAAUCAUCGGUAUUUCCAUAGUUCUGGGGUCGCAAACAAGCCAUGUAUAUGGUGUCGCGAUCGUCGGUUAUCUCGCUGCCGGCCUGGCUUUUACAUCGCUUGCCGUCAAUUCGUUGAUCUAUGAUGACGAGGCCUCGAAACAGGCUGCUGCCGCAGGCUUCAUUCUCCAAUCUAUGGUUAUCAUCGUUUGGAUAUUCUACUUCGGAUCCUCACGCCACUCCUCGUCCCGCGGCUACCACGACUCAAUGGGUGCUGGCAAGGAACAACACCACUCGUACCGCAAUAGCAAACCUAUAUCCAAUAACUACGGCGCCCGACCAGAGACAACCGUCUCUGCCAACCAACCUCCCCAGAUGUAUACCUCCGCCCAACUAAACGGCUUCGAAACUUCCUCCCCCGUCUCCGGUUUCCCACCAACCGCCACCAACGGCGCAGACAUCCAAAACCGCUUCGGAACCACCUUGGGCUCACAGACGAAUCUUGGCGGUGGAAGCACUAUCGGUCAAGACCACCAAUCGACAAACGAAGUCAGCCAGCCAACUGAGUACCCGUACCGGGCAAAGGCAAUCUACUCCUACGAAGCGAACCCAGAUGACGCGAAUGAGAUUAGUUUUGCCAAGCAUGAGAUCCUUGAUGUAUCAGAUGUGAGCGGGCGGUGGUGGCAGGCGAAGAAAGCGAGUGGGGAGACGGGGAUUGCGCCGUCGAAUUAUCUUAUUCUGAUAUAGGUUCUUUUUUUCUCUCUCCUUUUUGUCACUUUUCGAUUUUUUCUACUUGUUCAAUUUGAUUUUAUUUGAUGCCUUUUUAUUUUCUUUUUUUCGUCGCUCUGUGUUUAUGGAAAGGGUGGCGGGGGGAAUAUAUCAUUUUCAUCAUUUUCCGUUUUCUUCUUCUUCUCUUUACUUCUUUUCUAUUUUCCUUGCCCUUGCCAUUUUAUACAUCUUUCUUCCGCCUCUCCCCUGUAGAGCUGUCUUGAUAUGUUAUAUGUGUAUGCAGUAUGUGUCUGUGUAUCUCCCAUCUUCUUCAUAUCCACACCAGCAAGCUACUGUAUCCUCACACGAGACCCCCAUUUAUUCACCUUAUUUACCUGUGGUCUACCCUUGUCUCUCUUUUUACAAAGACCGUCUUUCUACUCGUCGAAGCUGAAGGAGGCGCGAGAGAGAGAGAAAAGAAAGGGAACGUUUUUUAAUGUCACUUUAUUGAUUGUUCUGUCCAUUAUCGUUUCUCCCUUCCCCAAAUUCACUAUGAAAACAAAAAAGGAAUUACCCGCAACCCUCCCCCUUCCAUUUCUAUUUUCUUGUUUUACUUAUUAUUGAUUUUCUCUUCUCUUCCUCUUUUUCUUUCUUGUUUUCUCAAAUCCUAUCAACAAACAACAAAACGAAAGAAAAGAAAAAAAAAAAGAAAAGAAAAAAGAAGAACCAAAUCAUGUCUCAUAUUUUCCUGACUGAUGAAUAUAUUUACUAUUAUCAUUAUUAUGAAUGACCUAUCAUUUUGCGUAAAAGGUGAAAAGAUCAAGAGAUCUAGAGAAUACAGAUACUAUUUUAUAUAUAUAUAUA